AUGCGCGAUGAGCUUACACUUAUAUCAUUAUCUCGAGUCAGACCGUUUGCUCCAUACUUCCCACGCAACUGCCAACGAUCCAACAACACUCAGGACUCAGCAUCGCUCUCUCUCUAUCCCUCAGGAAUCAUGGUCCGCGUGAGAUUUAGUGCGGCUCCGGAAAUGUCGUACGUUACCAAACUCUACGAUUACGCCGCGAUCGUGAGUAUUACGUUGUUCAAGGUCUCCGAAGUUCCCUGUACAAUCAACGGGGUGGAAAAUCCACAUGCUACAAUUCCUGGCACUACGUCUAAGACGAAGAAGGUUGCCAUGGUCGACCCAAGCUGA